GUGGGCUACUAUUUUUGUGUGUAAGAAUAUACAGUUCCAGAAAAACCAAUUAGCUUCAAAUGACGAGGCAAACAACAAGCAUUCCGUAGAUCAGUGCUAGUCAGAGUGUCCAACAAGAUGCCAAACAGGCCAUUCGCGCUACAGGUUGUUCCGGCAUAUUCCGGAUCGGAGUCUGAACUUAAAUCUCCUGCAGGACGGAAAAUUGUCUCGCUCAAAUUUUGUCAUCAACCACAUCCGGCUCUGCUUUUGUUGACGAUUCCACCGUUCACAUCGUUGGAGAGACAAAGGCGUCCGUCAAGAUGCAAAUCUUCGUAAAGACCCUUACGGGCAAAACUAUCACCCUUGAGGUGGAAUCCUCUGACACUAUCGACAAUGUCAAGGCCAAAAUCCAGGACAAGGAAGGCAUUCCUCCUGACCAGCAGCGUCUUAUCUUCGCCGGCAAGCAGCUCGAGGAUGGUCGCACCUUGAGCGACUACAACAUCCAGAAGGAGUCAACACUGCACUUGGUGUUGCGCCUCCGUGGUGGUGCCAAGAAGCGUAAGAAGAAGACUUACAACACCCCCAAGAAGAUCAAGCAUAAGCGUAAGAAGGUCAAGAUGUCCAUCUUGAAAUACUACAAGGUCGACUCCGACGGCAAAAUUAAGCGUCUCCGUCGUGAAUGCCCCACUGCUGAGUGUGGUGCCGGCAUCUUCAUGGCUUUCCACAAGGACCGUCAGUACUGCGGCAAGUGCGGUUUGACCUACACCUUUACACCUGGAACGAAGCCCCCCGUUGUUUAAGGCUAAAGCUGAGAGUUAAACAGGGGUGCAGUCAGAUCUUGUGCAUUAUCGUACUGUUUUGUUGUUCUAUGUUCUCGUAUGCCAAUGAACUCAGCUUGAUCGCUUUGAUAGCUGUUUGAUGUUACCGUUUUUUAUGCCUGCCUUGUCUGUUAUCAUGCCCUCGGCCAGACGAAGAUUUCAGCAUGUUCUUGUCCCUUUGAGUUAGUAAUUCAAAUGCCGUCUAGCUAGGCAAUUCCCGUCACAAAUCUGCGG